UCUUCAAAUAUUGUUAGAAGGGAGAGCAGCCUCGGUGCAGAGGGAGUUAUCGCAAACGCUGCCAAGACUCCAAAGUCCAAAGCUUUGCUCUCUCUAUCAAAUGGCGUCGCUGCUGAAUACAGUCUCAUCCAUACGAUUAUCGAAUGCUAAGACCAAUCGGCUUCGAACUCCCCCGCCAAUUUCUGUCUCGCUCGCUCGCCGCAGGCUCACAGUCAGAGCAACAGAAACCGACACAAACGAAGUUAAAGCUCAGGCACCAAAUAAGGCACCUGCGGCAGCUGGUUCGAGCUUUAAUCAGAUUCUGGGUAUCAAAGGAGCCAAGCAAGAGACGGAUAUAUGGAAGAUUCGUGUUCAACUAACAAAGCCUGUUACUUGGCCUCCAUUGGUUUGGGGAGUGGUUUGUGGAGCAGCUGCUUCUGGAAACUUCAACUGGACUUUGGAAGAUGUUGCCAAAUCAAUUGUUUGUAUGAUGAUGUCUGGCCCAUGUCUCACUGGCUAUACACAGACACUGAAUGAUUGGUAUGAUAGAGAGAUUGAUGCCAUUAAUGAACCUUAUCGUCCUAUUCCAUCAGGGGCAAUAUCUGAGAAUGAGGUGAUAACUCAAAUCUGGGUACUGCUUUUAGCGGGCCUUGGGUUGGCUGGUUUAUUAGAUGUGUGGGCAGGGCAUAACUUCCCUAUAAUAUUCUACCUAGCUGUGGGAGGAUCUUUGUUGUCUUAUAUUUACUCGGCUCCACCUUUAAAGCUGAAACAGAACGGAUGGAUUGGAAAUUUUGCUCUAGGAGCAAGCUAUAUUAGUUUGCCAUGGUGGGCAGGUCAGGCUUUAUUUGGAACCCUAACUCCUGAUAUAAUUGUCCUCACACUCUUGUACAGCAUAGCCGGGUUGGGCAUUGCCAUUGUAAAUGACUUUAAGAGUGUUGAAGGAGACAGAGCACUAGGACUUCAGUCACUUCCUGUGGCUUUUGGUCCUGAGGCUGCUAAGUGGAUUUGCGUUGGUGCCAUUGACGUUACUCAGAUAUCUGUGGCCGGUUAUCUUCUCGGGGCUGGUAAACCAUAUUAUGCCUUGGCUCUCACUGGUUUAAUACUUCCACAAGUCUUUUUCCAGUUCAAGUACUUCCUCAAGGACCCAGUCAAAUAUGAUGUCAAAUAUCAGGGGUUUUUUGAUGGGGAUUUGAACUGUUUCGAUGGUUCUAAUCUCAGGCUAGUGCCCAACCAUUCCUUAUACUGGGCCUUUUGGUGACUGCUCUAGCAACCAGCCAUUGAUGUUGGAAUGGGUUUAGCAUGUAGCCUAGUAGCAUACAACCAAAAUGUGGAACUGGAAAAGCGCAGAAGUAAUCAGUAGGGCACAAUGGCCUACCAGUGGGAUGAAGAUUCCUUCCUUUCUCUUUCCUUCCAUUUUCAUUUCAUGGGCUUAUCAAAAGUUAAGUCUAGGCAGGUCGCUUGGUUUUCUUCGGUUCACUUUUCUUCUUUGGCCUUUGCCUAUUUUCGUUCUCCCAGACUACAGUAGCUAGAAGACGAUUAUUAUUGUA